UCAGCCGGAAACUUAUUCGAAAGCAAACGCUCCAAAAUCAAACACUUGCAAAACAUUUUCAUUGAAUGAGUAAAGUUUCUGGUUUACAUUUAUGACUUCAUGCAGGUGGACAAGACGCUGUUGCUCUGGAGUUCAACGGGUGGCUAGAAAACAAAGGUCAGUCCAACAUGAGCGAUUUUAAAGCAAACAAUCCAACUUCAAAAGAUGACACAAGUUCCAUGACGAGGAUGAAGUAUCCCUUUCCGAAAAGUUUAAGAGUAGUUGAUUUGCUAUUAAGUAAUGAAAACUUUAUGUCAGUAAUUGCAUCUGAUAUAAAAAGAGAUACAAGCUACGUUCUGCUUGAUAGACAUAUAUAUCCCAGCGAUUGUCUUUUAGCAGAGUUUUCGUGUAGAGUUUAUAGCGAAUGGGAAAGCUGUUCAAGUCCACUAGAGCAAGGUUGGGUUUUAUUAACUACUGCUGUAAAUUUCAGUGAUGGCUAUUUCGGAGCGGCAUAUUGGAAUCCUAAUUACCUACAAGUCGUUAUAGCUCAUAAGGGUGUUACAUCAAACACGAAAGAUAUUUUGCAAGAUUAUCAAGGUAUUUCGUCUAAUAAAUACACUUCUCAAAUGAGUUCUGCAGCUACUUUUACUAAUAAUGUUGCUGAAAAACUUAAGAAACUAGUAAAAAUGUUUUCAGUUUACUUGACUCUUUCUAUUACUGGGCAUUCAAUUGGAGGAUGGCUUGCACAAAUCACUUCGUUUACUACCGAAUAUCUUACACCCAAAUGGUUCGAGGAAGAGUUCUUUGUUCGAAGCGAGAAAGAAGGUUUUCACGCUCAUACGGUGGUAUUUGAUAGCCCUGGCUGCGAAGAAAUGCUGUUGAAGAUGGAAAAAGAUUUUAUUGAGCGUUAUGGUGGUAAAACUUAUUUAUCCUCGUUGUUAGAUAUCACAAUUUAUCUUUCUGCUCCAAAUUUGGUGAAUACUUUCAACUCACAUCUUAAUGUUGGCAGUUUAUAUCGGGUGUUUAUUGAAGAUUUACCAACAAUCUCAUCUAGUUGGAAUUUUUUCAACUACACUCACGAUGCUCACGAUAUUCACAAAAUAUGGGAUGCUCUUGUUUUCAAUGAAAAGAGGUGUUCGGCCAACAAAAUAAUGAAGAUAAUAGAUUGGCCACUGGUAAAGGAAAGUAUGGGUGGAAUGGUAGGUAAAUUUCUUUCGAAAUCUUUGUCUUAUAAUCAAGAAGAAUAUGCGUACUUCCAUAAAUUAGCAGACUGUACUAAUUAUUAUAAUCCCCUCCCAGACGAUAAUGAAUACUGUACUCUUCGUUAUCAGGUAGAAGCAGUUGAAAAAGAUGAAUGUCGAGCCAAUAUUUUUACACAGUCUGAGUUUGACUUUCUUGUUGCUUAUCAGAUUUUAAAACCACUUGCAAUACUAUCAAACUCAGUAAAAUUGUUUUUCUCGCUUGAGGAAAGAACUAAAGGAAAAAUAACAAAAGAACAAGUAGAGAAAAUAUUGGAACAUUAUGAGUUAAAAGAGGGAGCUGGAAGAGGUGUCAUCAAAUGCUUUUCGGAAGGGGAACUGGUGAACUUGAUUACGUGUGUCAAAAAUAUUUUAUUUCUUUUUCCCAAUAUACACAUUGAAAUUAAAAAUGAGUUGAAAAGUUUAAAUAUACAUAAAAAUGUUUAUAAAAAUAAGUCGAGAGAAUAUCUUCAAUCUAUUACACAUAUAGAGCUUAGAAACUCAAUAAUGGAAGACCUUUCAGAGUUCUUAAAGGAUGACAGCUUGCAAUUCCUUCAGAUAGUUUUUGAAAUGCAUUCUUUAAUAGGAAUUAAAAAAAUACACAAGUUCCUUCAAGAGACUGACAACGAAUAUCCAAGAUGGGAAACUUUUUUCUUAAGUCUAGAGCAGCUUCUAAAUUUAGAGCAUUUCUUUCCACUGACUGGAUUCUCAAAGUAUGUAAAUAAAGAAGAUUCUGUGUUAUUUGUGGUUGAGUGUAAUCGUGAUCCUAAAGAAGUGGCUACUUUUUUUAAAGAUUUACAUAGUGUUCUCAGAAUUAAGCCUAAAUUUAAAUUUAUAUUAGUUACUCGAAAAAAGUUCAGCUUCGAACAUAUUUUUGAAAAUGAUGGAGAAUUUUUCGUGGAGAUUGUGGAUAAAUCAAAGAUAAAAUUUAGUGAUAUAACGGAGCAUUCACAAAAGAGACUUUUAUCGAAAAAAAUUUAUUUUCAAGGAGCAGAAAUGAAACUCGGUAACUUAAUCGAAGAUAAUACAAAACACAUUAUAAAUGAAGAAACAUUAUUUAAGCUUAUCAAUAACGACAUAAUAGAAGUAGGUAAGGCACUUCCUGAUUUAUGCGAUAUUGAGAAUGACUAUAUCGAUCGUAUAUUUACACGCAAUGUAAAAAUUAAAGAAGAAAUCAAGGAAACGUUUAGAUUUUUUAUUAACUACGACAAACAGGUGGAUAAAUCAAAAUGUGGAGCAAAUCAAGAUAUAGUGUUGAUUUCUGAGUCUACCGAAGAUUUUGAUAAAUUUUGUAAUGAAAAUGAAAAUUACAAUAUUCAUUGGCUUAAAGAAGAAGAUAACAGAUUAUUAUGGCAAAAAUCUCGUGGUGCUCUAACUAGAUUGCGUGAGUUUAUAGAUUCAAAGUACGUUUCUGAAUAUUGUGAUAUAGAUGACCGUAUAGUAAUUAUAAGUACAGAACCUGGAGCAGGCAAAACCACUGCAUUAACCAAACUUGCACAAGAAAUGAAAAAGAGCAAUCCCUAUUUAUGGGCAGUGAAAAUUAAUUUUAAUGAUUUUGCAUAUAAGCUAGGAAGUACAGAUUUUCAUGAAGAUAAUAUUUUAGAACUUUUACUCCAUUCAUUAAAUUUAAAUACUCCUCUAGAGAGAGAUUUAUUUAUGCAUAGACUUGCUACUACUGGUAAAGUGACCAUAUUAUUUGAUGGGUUUGAUGAAAUAAUUCCAAAAUACAAAGAGAAAGUUGUUGAACUAUUAAAAGGUUUAAAGGACUCAAAAAUAGAGAAGCUGUACAUAACUACUCGUCCUCACACGAAAGAUGCGCUGGAAGAUACAUUAAGUUUGCUAUCGUAUAGUCUAAAGCCCUUAUCUAGAGAGGAUCAGGUUGUGUUCAUUAAAAAGAAAUGGUCUAAAGUUCUGGACCCCAUCAUGACAGAAGAAAAAUAUUUGGAGAAUUAUGCGAGUAAGUUACUUAAUUCGAUAUCGCAGCUUAAUUAUGAUGAAAGUAUAGAAUUUACAGGAUUACCAUUAAAUUUAACAAUGCUGGCUGAAGUUUUUCAAUGUAAGUCUGAAGACUGGCUGAGUGAUUAUAAAACAAAAGACUCAAAUUUGCUUAACCUGUAUAAUAUCUUUGUCAAAAUCAAACAUGAUGUAUAUAUUACACAAAAUUUGCACUUUGAUUUAUCAAAAUCAGGUGCAGUGUACAAUGUUCUUUAUGCCUCUUUUUUAAAAAAAUUGUCUUUUUUAGCACUAAGCGCAGUUUUUUGCGAAGAAGACUUAAAUAAGUUCUUAGAAAACAAGAUAGAAAAAGUAGAACAAUUUAAAAAACAGACACAAGAAGAAGGCUCUGUUGGUUUCAUUAGCCAUUUUGUUAAUGGUAAACCGAUCUUUACUCACUAUAGUUUCGCUGAAUUUUUUGCAGCAUAUUUUUUAUCCCAGAAAAAGUAUCUAAAGCAUCAAAAAAUAAGGAAUUUUUUAUGUGAACAAGUUUUCGGGAAUGAGAAUAGAUUAAUCUGCAAAUUUUUCGAUUAUAUGGUAGCUGAUGAUGAAAAUGAAUGUAAAGUACACAUUGCAGUCUUAAACAAUGACAGAAAUAAAGUAUUACAGCUAUUAGAGGGAUGCGUAGAGAAAAAUUUUACUAAUGCUAGAGAUAAAUUCGGAAGAACAGUGCUUCACUUAGCUGCAGCAUAUGGGUACCUGAAUAUCGUGAAACUUCUAUUGGAUAGUGGAUUCACUGCCGAUGCUAGAGACAUAUUUAAGUGGAGUCCCUCAAGGUAUGCUGAUAAAUUUGGACAUAAAGAAAUUGCUGAAUUUCUCAAACGCCUACCAUAAACAAGGCUACCUUUGAAUCAUCAAAGACUAUAUUAAAUUAUAACUUUGGUCUAUAAAAAUAUUGUUGAGGUUUUAGAGAAUGAAAUUGCUUGUUAACCUUUAAUACAGUUCCUAUCAUUAUGCUGCUCAACAGCUUAUCAGGAUCUUGCUAAUUUUUAAAUAAAAAUACUCAAACUCGUUUAAAACAUGCAUAUGAUAGUAACCUUUUAACUGCGUGUAAGAAUUUGAGCCUGUUUAUCAGGAAUCGGAGAAACAAUGUCACCAAAGAGUAGUUCGUUUUAAAAUCAUUUAUUGCGCGAAUAAUCUGAAAACUGAAAGAAAAAAAAAAGAAUGCUAUUUCUUUGUCUAUCUGACUACGAUACAGUUAGUUUAAAAAGUUUUAAAAUCGUAUUAAUAGAUAGAAGAUCAAGUUUAAAUGGUAGAAAAUAAAUUAAACUUAAAAUUUGAUAUCCCACUCUUCAAGCAGUGGUUUUUAAGAUGCAGUAUUAAAAAUCAUUUAGAAGGUCGUUAAACAAAUGUUUAAAUCAGAUGUAAUUAUUUCUUUAUAAUUUGUACAUGAUUUCGACCUAUUAAGUGAUUAUUAAAAAAAUUUCGUUUUGAUCUUCACCACAUAAAUAUAUUUUUAUUUAGCCUUUAAGUUGUACUGGGGCUAAACAAAAACGUAAUAAAAUAUUCUACAAUUUUGCCACGUUGUCUCUUUAGGUUAUAAAGUCUAAUUAUAUAUUGUAUUUAUAGUAAUUAAAUUGUUUUUAUAAAUUAAAAUCCAAAUGACUCUAAUGUAUCUCGUAAGAAUAUUGCGUAAAUUUGGUUAGGCUUUCCUGCGUUAUAUAAAUAUCUUAUAAUCUUCUGUAUCAUGCUACUGGUGUACACUAAGCAGCUAAAUUUGAAUUAUGUUUGUAUUAGUGUUAAAGUAAUGUGAGGACAAUAUUGAAAAGUAUAUCUCAAGUAUUAGCUUUUAAUAAUAUAUGAUUGUUUCAUGGAAACUGUUGUUAAUAAGUGAGCCGCUCAGAAGCCAAUGCGGUUAAGUCCAUUUUUUGAUAUUUUCUGAU